UUUCUCUGGGUAGCACAUUGAGUUGCUCCGCAGAGCGCCACCCAUCUCCCCGUGUCUGAACUCCUGUCUCCGUUCACCUUUGCAUUUGGACGCGCAUCCUUACAUCCAGGGGCAGCCCGAGCGUUUCAUUAUCCGGAACCGUGGGUUUUAAAGGGCAAUGAUCUCACUGGAGCUUAAUUUCAAUUUAUUUACGAGUGACCUUUCACUUUACCUCAAAAACCAAGUUAAAGUCGGACUAUUCGGGUCUGGGGUUGGACUAUCGGUAGUUCUCGGGUUCAGCGCCGCUUAUGCCUGCUACUACCUGAUAUCUGUGGCCAAGAAACCUCUACUGAUAGCUGGAGGAAAUAAGUUUCAUCAGUUCCUGAGGGACCAAUGCCCCGUGGUUUCAGAGACAUACUACCCCACUUUCUGGUGCUGGGAGAGCAGAGUUCAAACGCUGCUCAGACCCUUUGUGACUGCGAAACCCUGGGUCAACUACAGAAAUGAGCUCAUUAGAGCACCAGAUGGAGGCCAGAUCUCUCUGGAUUGGUUUGACAAUGAUGACAGUGUGUCCCACCCGGACCAGUCCACGCGACCCACUGUGCUGCUGCUCCCAGGACUCACAGGCACCAGCCGCGAAUCCUACAUUCUGCAUAUGGUACAGCAGAGCCGGGAUCUAGGAUACAGAUGCGUGGUGUUCAAUAACAGAGGCGUAUCGGGUGAAAAGUUAUUGACUCCAAGGACUUAUUGUGCAGCCAACACAGAGGAUCUGGAAGUAGUCAUUGAGCAUGUCCAGCGGACCAUUAACAAAGCUCCGCUCAUGGCGGCUGGGGUUUCUAUGGGCGGGAUGAUGUUGGCGAACUACCUGGGUCGUAAAGGCUCUGAAGUGCGCUUGAAGGGUGUGGUGGUUUUUUCGGCAGGCUGGGAUGUGUUUGAAUGCACAGCAUCAUUGGAGAAACCCCUGGACCGAUUUCUCUUCAACUCUUACCUCACCAGCUGCCUGCAGGCGUCCGUGGACCGUCACAGAACCAUUCUUGAAAAGAAAUACGACAUAGACCAUGUGAUGAAGGCUAAAACUAUACGAGAGUUUGAUGAACGUUUCACGUCCAUCAUGUUUGGUUAUCCAUCCAAUGAUGACUACUAUAGAGACGCUAGCCCGAUUCACAAGAUCAAGUCUGUGCAGGUGCCAAUGCUGUGCCUCAACGCAGCUGAUGAUGUCUUUUCCCCCAAUCACGCUAUUCCAGUGGAGGCCGUGAAGCAGAACCCCAAUGUGGCCCUCCUCAUCACCUGUCAUGGUGGCCAUAUUGGCUUCCUGGAGGGUCUGUGGCCUCGGCAGAGCACCUACAUGGACCGCGUUUUUCGUCAGUUCACCAAGGCUGUGUUUGAGAAUGGCAAUGGUCUGGAUGAUCUCUACUGACCCUCUCAUUCCAUUCCCUCAACAGAACAGCUGUGAGCAAAAAAAAAAAAAA